GGACCUCUCUAUAAUAUAUCUAGAGAUAAACUUCUAGUACUACGCAAGACACUAUAUAAGUUACUUAAGAAAGAGUUCAUCCGCGCAAGCAACUCUCUCACUACGUUACUAGUCCUCUUCGUACGGAAACCUAGGGGAGAACUAAGAUUCUACGUAGACUACCGCGCCCUAAAUACACUAACUUAUAAGAACUAUUAUUCUCUAUCUCUUAUACGUAAGACGCUAAAUUAA